CCAUUUUAACAUGCGCACCAAACAAGUUUGCCAAAGGUGUGUUGCUGCUGCAGAGGCCACUAGAUGGUGCUAUUGUUCCUCCCCAUAGUUCCUGAUUCGUGUCAGAAGGUGGAGGUGCAGCGCCUCCUUCAUUGUCUGAGUAAGAACCAACGGGAGAAGAUCCUGCUUGCCGCUCGCUUUGGUGAAAUCCCGUCUCUCUCCGCGGCUCACUCGCUCAAACGGCCGUCAUGGCGACCGCAGAGAGCCUCUGCUGCGGGGCUAACCGCGUUUAAAAACUCCCUUGGGAUUCACAUUUUCUCUCUGUGCGCCUGGACGUGGAUGUAAUAUCUUCAUUUCAACUGCGGGAAAUAGUUUGUCUUGGUCAAGCCCGCAUUACCAGAAAAAGAGAAGAAGGGUUUUUGCAGUGGUCAUCCCAGAGCACCAUGGCAGAGCCAGACCCAGAGAACUUGUCUUCUGGAGCAGGUCAGCGUCUUGGAGCCCCUGAGACUCUUGGCAUCAGUACAUUAGACCCAGGCCACAAGCCCCCGGCCAUGCCCCCUGGACGACAUGUCACUGUCACGGUCCGUAUGUUGGAUGACACGGAAGAGGUUUUUGACGUCUCGCAAAAAGCGUCUGGCAAGGUGCUAUUUGACCUGGUGUGCUCCCACAUGAAUCUGAUUGAAGGUGACUACUUUGGCCUGGAGUUUCAAAACCACAAAAGCAUGAUGGUAUGGUUGGACCACAUCAAACCGAUUAUUAAGCAGCUUCGACGACCGAAAAACACAACCCUGAGGUUCAGUGUGAAGUUUUUCCCCCCUGACCAUGCGCAGCUGCUGGAGGAGCUGACGAGGUACCUGUUUGCCCUCCAGAUCAAGCAGGAUCUCUCCAGUGGACGCAUGUUGUGCAACGGCACCAGCGCGGCUCUGAUGGUCUCCCACAUCAUCCAGUCUGAGAUUGGGGACUUUGACGAGAGCCACUGCCGCUCACACCUGCUAAACAACAACUACAUUCCGGAUCAGAUGCCCCUGAUCGACAAAAUCAUGGAGUUUCACUCAAAGCAUAUAGGUCAGUCACCAGCAGAGUCAGAUUUUCAGUUGUUGGAGGUUGCUCGGAAGCUGGAUUUUUACGGGAUUCGGCUUCACCCUGCCAAGGAUCGGGAAGGUUCGAAGUUAAGUCUGGCUGUGGCGCACACGGGCGUUUUGGUCUUCCAGACACACACAAGGAUCAACGCCUUCAACUGGUCCAAAAUACGCAAGUUGAGCUUCAAGCGAAAACGUUUUCUCAUCAAGCUAAGGCCAGAUCUAAAUAGCUCCUGUCAGGACACUCUGGAGUUUUUGAUGGCCAGUAGGGAUUGCUGUAAAGUCUUCUGGAAGAUCUGUGUGGAAUAUCACGCCUUUUUCCGCCUCUUUGAGGAACCUAAACCCAAACCCAAGCCUAUGCUCUUCACACGAGGAUCUUCCUUCAGAUUUAGCGGUCGCACACAGAAGCAGGUGAUUGAUUAUGUGAGGGAAUCAGAGUUCAAGAAGAUCCCAUUUGAAAGGAAACACAGCCGGGUCCGAUACAGCAGUAGAGCUCAACACAACAGUCGCCUGUCGCCGCUGCCUUCUCCUCGCCACCAUGAAGUGCCAUCAGAAAGUGGUGUUCCUGAGAACGUCUCCUCUUCUUCUCCUCCUCGGCGUCACUGGAAGGAGUCGGUGCUCGUCAGUGCCGAAGACCCAGCAGCUUCACGAACUUCAAAGAUGAGCCCAAACCAUCAAAGAAACGGCCACGAAGACAGAAAGGAGUCCGUUUCCAAGCCUGAGGAAUCAAGAGGGUCAACACGACAGAUGUCCCCAGAACAUCCGAGCGAAGGUCCAGCAUCUUGGUUUGCCAAAGGCAGCAGCUCAGCCAACAGUUGUGUAGAUAGUGAGUUGAACAUGGGAAGGGAGCAGGCCAGCAGAACAAAUCAGAGUUAUGGUGAGGACUUCAAUUUGUGUCGGGGUUCAGGUUCCCAGCAGGAGCAUUUACUGGGUAAGAUGCAGUACAGAGAAUCUCCUUUGCUCAACAUGAACCGUGAGCCACAUUGGUCUCUCACGCAGGCCCGUCCAAAGUUUGACCUUAGUCCUGGUUACAGCACAGUGGGGAAAAUCAGAUGCCAUAACGGAGAGAGGCAGAGCAGCAGCCCCCUCCCAGGUCAACAUAUGAUUGGCUCAAGGAGUGUUGUCUCCAAUCCUGCCAAUAAACCCUCCCACCGAGGACCUUCUCUCACUCACACUGAGCAGAAUGGCUACAUGCCCCCCCUGUUUAAUGACACAAGAUGCUCCCCCCACCCGAGCCGAUCGCCUCUCUUACACAAUCUCCAGAAAUUACAUCACACCUCGUGUGCAGACCCACAGCAGGGUGCAUACCCUUCAGGGCCAGGUUCACGCCCGGUUAUAUCUCGGGCCGAGCGCAUGGCAGCUCUGGAGCGCCGCAUGACGGCCAAUGGCCUCACGGCACCAGGGAGGUUCCGGGCCGGAAAGAAACGGUUAGGACAGGUCGGAGUCAAACACGUGGAGGCAGUGCAAAUGUGUGAGGGCUCCACCACCAGUGGGUCAGAGUCAAGUGAGUCUGAGGGAGAGGACAGAGAAAACUGCAGCAACAGUACGGUGGAGGCUAGCUCUUCUAUACCAAGAAGCAAAUUCUCCUUUGGGAGUCUCCAGCUGGAGGAGGAGGCAGAGGAUGAGGAUGGAUGCCAUAAUUUUAGUGAUGAGGAAGGCGAACAGAUUUUCAGCUGUCUGGCUCCCCACAGCCCUCCGCCGUCCGGACACCCCCAUGGGAUGGUGAACGGUCAGAAGUCCCUGGAGUUGUGCAGCAACAGUCUUGAUGGCCGUCAGCCUUCGCCUUUGACCAGCCCGCUACUCAACGACGCCUGCAGCAUUCGCACCGACGAUGAAGAUGAGGUCCGGAGAAAGAGGUUUCCCACUGAUCGAGCCUAUUUCAUCGCCAAAGAGCUGCUGACCACAGAGAGGACAUAUCUGAAGGACCUGGAGGUGGUGACUGUGUCUUUCCAGAGUGUGGUGGAACAAGACGAGGCGACCCCUGACUCCCUGAAGAACACCAUUCUCUCCACCUUUGAGCCGCUCCACAAGUUUCACACUGGUUUCCUCAGGGAGGUGGAGCAGAGGCUGGCUAUGUGGCACAUUAAAGGAGACUACCAGCGCAUUGGAGAUGUGAUGCUGAAAAACCUUCAAGCUUUGAAGCCUCUGACAACAAACAUGCACAAGCACUCUGACAUCCUCCUUGAGCUGGAGAAGGCGUGCAAAGCGUCCCGUAGGGUGGAAAACUUAUGCAGAGACUUUGAGCUGCAAAAAGUGUGCUACAUCCCCCUGAAUGUCUUCACUUUAAAAGAUCACCGCCUCAUUCUACAAAAUGAGUUUGAGCGCCUGUGCAAACACUACCCAGCCACUCAUGAGGACUUCAGGGACUGCAGAGCUGCUCUGGCAGGUGUUUCUGAGGUGGUGGACCAGCUCCAGGGGAGUCUACUCAAGAUGGAGAACCUCCAGAAGCUCCUGGAGCUACAGAAGGACUUGCUCGGUGUUGACAAUCUUGUGGUGUCUGGUCGCGUGAGUCUGAAUUAUAACAGGAAAAAUAUUUGCCCAGCUUUUAAGACAUGCACACACCAAUACACACACUGUCAGGACAACCAGAACGUACAUUUCCUUUUUAUCCUCUCUCCUUCCUCCUCUCCCACUCUGUCUAUUUUUGUUGCCUGCUGUCCCAGAUUUGUGGAGCUCUUUAAUGUCUUGUUCUGCUCCUUUGUGUUCUUCCAGAUCAGAGAGAGCGAGGAAGAGUGGGGUGUGCCUCACGCCUUCACCCUGGUUGGACAGGGACAGUCGGUGGUGGUAGCAGCAAGUUCGCUGACAGAGAUGGAGAAGUGGAUGCAGGACAUCAAGACGGCGAUAGAGAUGGCAAAAACCAGCAAUGGUCCCACAUCGGAUGUGCUGACCUGCACACUGACUGAUAACAAGGAGCCUAGUCCAGUCAGGGACAAAAAGGCCCCGAAUGGCCAGGGACCAGUGCCUCUGUCUGUUAUCUGCUGGUACCGAGUUCAGAGCCUCUCCUUUAGUGAAUCCUGCAGGAGUCUAGAGAAUCAGCUGUCGGGAAACCUGCUGAGAAAGUUCAAGAACAGCAACGGGUGGCAGAAGCUCUGGGUGGUCUUCACCAACUUCAGUCUGUUUUUCUACAAAUCUCACCAGGACGAUUAUCCUUUGGCCAGCCUCCCUCUGCUGGGAUACUCAGUCACUGUUCCCGCUGAAAAUGAAAACAUUCACAAGGACUAUGUCUUCAAGCUACAUUUUAAGUCUCACGUGUACUACUUCAGAUCGGAAAGUGAAUACACUUUUGAGAGGUGGAUGGAGGUCAUUCGCAGCGCUACAGUCUCCUCCAGCCAGGCCCGCCUCCUGAACAGCAAAGAUCCCCACCCUCACUGAUUCAGUCGGAGUUGUUUUUCCCCGUAUCACAUAUGGGUGGCAUCUGCCCGUCUCGUCCUGCCCUGUCCCUCAGCGACACUUUGCUUUCCUCCUCUUCACAUCUGGGACAUUUAUACAUGUGUACAUGCACACUUUGUGCUCUUUAUUUUUUAAUGCUUUAAAUGGUGACACGUCCGCUGGUUUAGACUGCAUCAGAGACUGCGUUUUUAUUCUCCAACUCUAAAACCUCUUUUUAUGGAUGUCGUUUUUUACAGCUUUUCUAACGGUCUGAAUCACUUUCCAGACUCUGGUUUUACAUUUUGUCACUUUUGCAGCAGGAACACAUGACGUAGACUCUUUCUUAGGCGGGAAAACGUCUUUAAGCGUUGUCAGUUUUGUUUUGAGCUUGAAAGUUUUGAGCUGCAUUGUCAGUGCCAAAUUGGUUUAUAGCAACGUCAGGGACUUUUUAAGGAGUAGGAUGGUCCCCCUGUCUGCUCAUAAGAAACAGACCACCCUUUAACUGUGUAAGCUCUCCUCCCAGCUGGCCCAGCACAACAUUGUUGCUGAAGAAACAGAUGAAAGCAUAAAAUUAUUUUACUACCAGUGGUAGCUGCCAUCAUCACAAAUGCUGUCUUAAAUAAAGUAAUUCUUCUACUUGCUGAUCUUCAUUCUAUGGAAACUGAGUAUUUUUUAAACCCUGAAAUUAUUCAUCUGGAUGGGACAUAAUAUCUGUUCAUAAUUGCUGCAUUUUGAGGGAAUGUGGAACUGAAAGCUUUAAGGACUGUGUGUGUGUGUGUGUGUGUGUGUGUGUGUGUGUGUGUGUGUGUGUGUGUGUGAAAGAGAAA